CGGUGCGGGGUCGCGGCGCGCUUGCGUGGCGGGUUUGAAUCGUCGGUCAGCGGUUGAGGCGAGCGGGCGGGUCGGGCGGCCAUGGAGGGGGCUGCGCGGAGCUACGAGGCUCAGAUACGGAACUACCAAGGGAGUGACCCGCUGGAGCCGUGGGACAGGUACAUGCAGUGGGUGGAAGGAUGUCUUCCCCUUCAAGAAAAACAAAACCGCUUGCCCAGUCUCCUGGAGCAGCUUGUGAAGGUGUUCGUGAGUGACAAGAGGUACCACCAAGAUCCAAGAUUUGUUAACUACUGCAUUAAGCUGGCAGAGUUCAUCACUUCUCCUUGCCUGUAUUUUGACUACCUGUAUGGAGAGGGAAUUGGUGCAAAGGCAUCUAACUUCUAUGUUGCUUGGGCUCAGCAGCUUGUAAAGGAAGGCAAUGUGCAGUGUGCAGGAGCUGUCCUUCAAAAAGCACUUCACAACCAGGCACAGCCACAAGAGAGCCUGCAACAACUGUAUUGCUGGCUGCAGAAUUAUGAUCCUCGGAAUCCUCCUUUGCAAGGUGCUGCUGUUAUAAAACCACUUCAAACUUCUCAUGCUGCAAAUCAAAUGGCUCCUCGAAAAGGUGUUUCAAAUCUUGAUGACCCAGCAUACACUUGCAAAAAUCAGGGUCCUGAUUCUGCUGGUACUCAGUCCUGCUCUUCUGGUGGAAAAGAAGUAAAGUAUGUUACGUACAUCUCCAAAUCUGAAGUUCUCCCUAAGUCGUCAUCCACUGUUGUUGAAUGUGAGCAGGUUGCAAUGUAUGACAAAAACCUGCUCAUAUGUGAAGGCUCUGAACUUUCGUUUGAGGAGCUAAGAGCCAAGAGAUACUUCAAGAAAUAUGAGCGCCUCAGAAGACAGCAAGAAUGGGAAGAAGAGGAGAGAGACUCCAUAAGGAAAAAAGAGUCAGCUGUCCUUGAACUGCAAGCCCUGCAGCAGAAGCUGGAGCAGCUCACCCAGCUCACUAAAAGCUUGGAGGAAACUAGACUGGAACCGGCAUCUACAUCAUCAGCUGAACCAAGUAAGACAGUGGUGCAUCCACAUGUGACACCCCGUGCAGCUCUACAGCAGAACUGGAUGGCAUCUUGUCAAAGUUCAGAUCUGCAAAAUGCCCAAGGUCUGGUGCCAGACCAGCCUCAGUCAAGUACUUUAUCAUCCACUGCUCUUACACUGCAGUCAGUGAAACCCGCUGGCCGCCAGAUGACAUCAACCUCCAUGUGGGAAGUAACACAUAAGAAGGAUGCAGUCAAAACUCAGCUAGAGCUUGGAGAACUCCAGAACAGUUUGUUACACCCUCCAUUUGAUAAUAUUGCAGCUCGGGAACGGGCACAUCCUGAUGCAGCUCUUAACUGGAGCACUGGAGAACAGCACCCUAACAAGAAAGCUGGUGGACUAACUACUUCUGUGGACAUGAAAGAAGCAUCUAGAGUUGGAAAUUCUUCCUUUGCUUCUGGAAAUGCUUCUCAAGCUACCCCAAACACCUCGCUGAGAGGAGCAAUGCAGGCAACACCUUUCAAAGUGCAACCUUCACCUACAGUUCAUACGAAGGAAGCGUUGGGAUUUCUCAUGGAUAUGUUUCAAACACCCAUCUUGCCUGAACCAUCUACUCUUGAAGAGAGCGAGGAGCAAUUUGAAGUCUUUUGCAGAAAAAGUGAGCCUGACGGAAGUCUGAAAACUAAUGUCAUUGCCCCUGUCAUGCCUGCAUUUUCUAUCUUUGAAGAUGAGAAUGGAAAAGAGAACAGUGGGAUCACACAGCAUAAAAACAAGCCAGAAGAGCCCAGAACUACUGGAGAACGUCCCUUGACUGACUGUACAGCAAGUACAGAAGAAGAAACAGGGACACCGGAGUUCUUGAGGGAUGAUUAUACGGUGUGGAAUGUACCGAGUAGUACUAAAACUUUAGGUCCCAGUCCAAACAACACAAGAGACUUUGCACGAGCUGCCCAGCUUGUAUCAACACCAUUUAAUUACCUGUCAGCACAUUCACGACAAGCUUUGGGCAACAAAGCCUAUGGGGAUGACUUGCCACAAAUGGAUUUGGAGUUUUCUGAAGAACUGCACAAGCAGACAAAAACUAGGAAGCUAAGCCCUGCUUUUGCAGAACAAGGAGAGCUCCAAGGAAAUGUCUUGAAACAUGGAAAUGGAAUUCAAGGAAUUGCUACAGCUGCUUCUCAAAGAUUACAGGAGCAGACUGCCACAAGCAGAACUGAAUAUUCCUCAUCUGUUGGGGUGGACAAAAUUUCCCAUGAAAAGCUGUCUGGUGCUGGACAGGACAGGGCAGCCCGAAAGGUUAGAGCUGCAGUCGUUGUUGAGAAUCCUUGGGAUAAAGAAUUAAUUUGCAAAUUCUUAUCAGAGCUUCCUAAACCACUCCACACCUAUGCCAACUACUUUGAAUGGAAAUCUACUCUUCCAUCCAUCAAACUGAAGGCUGAAUUCCCACUGGGUUCCAGCUCAUUCCAUGUGGACUGCUUGGUUGGAGAGGGAGCUUUUGCUCAAGUCUAUCAGGCUUCCAUUCUGGAUGCAAGUAACCCUAGAAACAAUCAGAAAGUAACAUUCAAGGUCCAGAAGCCUGCCAACCCUUGGGAGUUCUAUAUAGCAACGCAACUGAUAGAAAGGCUCAAUCCAAGUAUACGCCAUCUCUACAUCCACUUUUAUUCUGCUCAUUUCUUUCAAAAUGGAAGCAUUUUGGUUGGUGAGCUCUACAACUAUGGAACAUUGCUGAAUGCCAUAAACAUUUACAAAAGGCUUCCUGAAAGGGUGAUGCCUCAAGCACUCGUAGUCUACUUUGCUGUAAAAAUUCUUUAUAUGGUGGAAGAGCUCCACAGCUGCAAAAUCAUUCAUGGUGACAUUAAACCUGACAAUUUCAUACUUGGAGAAAGGUUUCUGGACAAUGAUACGUGUGACAUAGAUGGUCUCUCUCAUGGCUUGACACUCAUUGACUUGGGCCAGAGUAUAGACAUGAAACUCUUUCCUGAAGGAACAGCAUUUACUGCAAAGUGUGAAACAUCUGGAUUUCAGUGUAUUGAAAUGCUGACACAGAAACCAUGGAACUACCAGACAGACUACUUUGGCAUUGCAGCAACAGUCUACUGCAUGCUCUUUGGUACCUACAUGCAAGUGAAGAAUGAAAACGGUAUCUGGAAGCCUGAGGGAGCCUUCAGAAGGCUUGCCAACGCUGACCUGUGGAAAGAGUUCUUUGAGAGCAUGCUAAACAUCCCCAACUGCCACAGCCUGCCUUCUCUAGGAGUUUUGCGCAAAAGGCUGAAGGACUUAUUUUGCAGGUCAUAUGCAAAGGAAAUAAACUUCCUUCGGAACAGACUUGUUGUGUUGCUCAUAGAACACAAACGGUCACGAAAAUAAGCAUUUAGUUUGUACAGUUGCUGAGCACUGGCAUUUUGUUGAUGUGAAAUCUUUUUGUAAUAACUUGUUUUAAAAAUAAAUGUUCUUGGGGUUGACUUCAGGAGUGAUAA